GAGAGCACAUGGAAGUGUCUGGAAGAGACCAGAACACACAGCAGUGAAUAUAUAAGAAGCUGAGCUGGGACGUCUGCAGUACUGAGCAGCAAGAAAGCAGACGCUGACACAUUGCCUCAACUCAACCAAGACAAGAAGCUUCAGCAGAAUCAGCCAAAGAUGUUUCCUCUCCGGUUUUUGCAGUCUUCAUAUAGGACAAUAUGUGUCUGUAGGGAUAAUGCCCUCACUCUCCGGCCGGCUACACAGCUAAUUUUUGGUCUGCUGGAAGAUGACAUGAUGGGCAUGAGGAAGGACAUGGAGAGGAGAAGGCAGCGUGUCAACCAGGCUGACCAGCGUCUGGCCCAGGACAUGGAACGGAGAACUGAUCUGACCAGAAGAUCUGCAGCCGCUGGCAGAAACCCUUCCACCACAGGCAAAGAGGGGAAGGAAAACUUUGAGCUCACUCUGGACGUCAGCGGCUUUUCUCCUGAGGAGCUGACAGUGAAAACGGAAGGCAGGAGGCUCAUUGUCUCAGGAAAACAUGACAAGAAAAAGGAGGCAGAGAAUGGCGGCUAUUUCCAUGAGUACAGAGAGUGGAGACGAGAAGCUGAGCUCCCGCAGGACGUCCACCCUGAGGACAUACUGUGCUCCCUGACCAAGGAUGGCCAGCUCCACUUUCAGGCUCCCAGACUGGCGCUACCAGCUGCUGAAGAAAGGACUAUUCCUAUCACCCAGAGCCCAGGAGAUGGAGAAGAAAACCCCCUGGAGAUCCAGACCAGUGACCCCAAGGGAGAGAACAGACUGAACUCCUCCUGACUGCAUAUGGACAGUUCUCCUACAUAGUGUCCUGUAUAUCCUCCUGUUUAUGUCUGGAAAUAAUAAGUGAUGUUUUUAUGGAAAAAUAUAAUGAAAUGUAAAUUAUUUUUUAUUUUUUCAA